CAUGAGCCACAUGUACUCUCCUAAAUCUGCAGGGCAACAUGGAGGCGGGAGGCAACCCAGUCCAACCUUUGAUCCACUCCCAACUUCCCUCGUACCGCCGGCGCCCACCUGCUGGCUGCUGAGCGCACCUGCCUCUGGUGAGGCUGAACCACCUGCUUGCACUGGCCUAAUAAUCCAACGGUCCCCGUUACUGAGCUUGCUUCCGGCUGCGUUUCACCCGUUUACUCUCUCUCGUGGGCUCAUCGCCAUCACGGCGACUGCUCAUCUACCCACCAUAUCAUCUCAAUAGAACACUACCAGCAAGGUAGAACCGAUUGCUCGUCUUCUCAUUCCCAUCGCCAGCGUCGUCGUCAUCCGAGUGUCUCAGGUCUCUUGGGCGGUUCAUGUGGUGCAGCAAGUGCUGACGUGUGGUGCCGAGAAUGGCUCCUCCCACAGCCUUGUCUGAGGGUAUUACUGCCCAAUCAGACCUUGACGACACUGACGAGAGCUCACCAUCAUUCUUAGACACCUCGACUGACAUGGCCCGACUGAAACCAAGAGAGAUGCUGCUCCUCUCUAGCCGCGCGACCCUCGAGCCUCGCUCGGUCUCAUUAUCUGGAGGAGGAGUCGCUGGUGUCGUUGUUGGUGUCAUUGUCGCCGUCUUUCUUGCUCUUGUUUGCGCCUAUCCGUUCUUUGCCCGUCGGAGGAGAAGCAAGAAGCAUGGACCGUCCCAACGUCUUGACACGGAGACGGCUUUCGUCCCCGGGCCGAUGGGUCCCUCAGGACAGGCGCCGGCGCCCGGACCCGGAGUCAACAGCCAUCUAUCAUCUAAAGACUCGUUAGGCCAUAAGACGGAUACCUUACGAGGCACGGAAAAACAGCCCACCAAAGACAAGGCCUUGUAUGCUCACAAUGGCGUCGACCGCCCUCCGAGCGGUGAGCUGGCCAGUCAUCAUCAGCGUGGCUUCACCAGCGACAGUACCCAACCGAGUACGACGACGAGACGCGGCACUACCGAGUAUUCUUUUGGACGCGCACCUACGUGGAAGAGCGAGGCAUCUUACCCGUGGACACCUGUGGGUGUUGAGCUGGUUGCCACUCGCGCUGAUGGAAUGGACUACGCCGAUGCCAAUCAUGGACAUAGUGCAACCUACUACAGUCCAACUAUCCCCUCCGAGGCCUUUGGCAUGGUCACGCCUCCUACCGGUGAACCACAGACCAGGUCACCGCCUCCAAGACGUUCAAGCUCUCAGGGAAGCUCACUGAAGCUCAACCUAGCGAACAUGAUGCGCCGCAUCAGUACCAAGGACUCCGCCUUGACCCGCACAAAAGGAGCAUCGUUCCGCGAGCGAGGUCCUGGGGCGGUAUCAACCCGGCAGUUGGACUCGCCCAUUCACCUUCCUGUUAGCCCCAUGUCGGAGUCAGAGGAACUUGAUCACGCCCAAGAGCUGGACGCAAUAAGAGCCGCCAAACGCAUCGAGUCGCCCCCUAUCUUGCCACCUAUUGUACCUGCGCCAGGCACUGUGAACCCAAUGGAUAUUAUGGCCCCGUCUAAUCCGACAGAGCACCACUGGCAUACAAACCAACAGCUAUAUCAGAUGGCCAAUUCACCGUCCAGACCAGCACCCGCCAUCACUAAGCCGGCCCAGAAUUCGCCACAACCGUCACAAGCUCCUACGCCUCAGUCGCCUCUUGAAGAAUUAUUCGAACAGGAGCAACAUCAGCAAGAUUUCAAUGAAGCACCAAAGGUGUACGAGAAUGGGCACGCUCAAGGGAACGGAUGGAAUAGUGCAGACGGCAGCAACGCGAACAGGAUCACUCAGGACGUUCAAAUGAGCGACGGUGCCCACCAUGCCGACUCUACCCACCUUAUGCCUGACCACAGCCAACACUAUCUCGACGGAGACAUGACUGAUCCGUCCGAACACUCCCCACCGAUGCUUGGACACGCUAGCUCUGGACCAUCACAUCAAAGCACCCCAAAUACACAAAUCGACAGCAGCCCAUCUCCAAGAUCAGAAGGCAGCUCCGACAUUCGUAAUAGCACUUCGCCAUACCCGGGAUUGCAACCGUCACCUCGAACAUUUAUCUGUGAUGAAUGCGGCAGGUUCUUCGAUCAAGUACAUAAACUAAACCACCACAAACGAUCGCCAUAUCAACGACAAACACAGGAAAACGAAGAAGUUUCAUUGCACUGUGAGCACUUGCCCCUACUCCAAGGCCGGAGGUAAAUCCUUCCCGCGAAAGGACAACUGGAGGCGGCACAUGAUGAAUAUACACCAAGUUACACCAGUGUGUGAUCCUGAACCCGAUAUUGUCGACGAAGCAAUGGGAGGAACAUGAGACACUGGGAGCGAAGCUGCGCACAAGACCACACAACCAACUGAGUGAAGAACGUUGU